UAGCGCUCACUUUAUGCACCAAGCUAGCAUAGCGCAGGUCGUCUGAGCUAACGCUACUUCAGGAGGUGUUUCGGACUUUUCGGGCUGUUGUGUGGUACUAGUCGUUGCCGGGGCUCGUUCACAGAUGGCUCUACUGACGCCAUUGUUCGCCUUCCUCUAUCACCUCCCGCAGGUGUAUAAGUGGCUGCUGAAGCCCUACUAUGUAGCAUCCUUCUUCAUGUCCGUCGCCUUCCUGGCUGUUCGCAAGACGCCGGGCAUCUGCGAGCAUCUCGCCACGCAGCGCGAGGACGGAAACUCCUGCGACUUCGACUGGAGGGAGGUGGAGAUCCUCAUGUUCCUCAGUGCCAUCGUUAUGAUGAAGAACAGACGCGCAAUAACGGUAGAGCAGCACGUGGGCAACAUCAUCCUGUUCAGCAAAGUGGCCAAUGUCAUCCUGUUCUUCAGACUGGACAUCAGGAUGGGGCUGCUCUACCUGACGCUGUGUAUAGUGUUUCUGAUGACUUGUAAGCCUCCUCUGUACAUGGGACCUGAGUACAUUAAAUACUUCAGCGACAAAACCAUUGAUGACGAGCUGGAGAGGGACGGACGUGUCACCUGGAUUGUUGAGUUCUUCGCUAACUGGUCUCCGGAGUGCCAGUCAUUUGCUUCUGUGUACGCUGACCUGUCUCUCAAGUACAACUGCUCCGGCCUCAAGUUUGGUAAAGUGGAUGUUGGUCGAUAUGGAGAAGUCUCCAAGAAGUACAAGGUGUCCACGUCUCCGCUGUCCAAGCAGCUUCCAUCCCUGGUGUUGUUCCAAGGGGGGAAGGAGGUGAUGCGGCGCCCCCAGGUGGACAAGAAGGGUAGAGCUGUGUCCUGGAGCUUCACUGAGGAGAAUAUCAUUCGCGAGUUCAACCUGAACGAACACUACCAGAAGUCCAAGAAGCUGAACAAGACUAAAGAAGACAAGGUCAGCCCGUCCCAGUUCCCAGCCGUCCCUGAGGAGGAGGAGCCCGAACAAGGGACUGACGCUCAGGAGUCAGAGUCCAAGAAGGACAAAUGAGAUGUGCAGGAACCAAGCAACGGUUGAAGGGGACUGUGAUGCUGUCAGCUGGUCCAGGAUCAGUGGGGACCUGGAAACGUGAUGUUACACAGCAUGUUUGUGGUGGGUCAAGCUGCAGCGUGAAUGACCAUUAAUAAUAACUAUUGAACUAGUGAAUGUGAUGUGGCAGAUUUUUUAUGUAAUUAAUUUAACUAAUUAAAAUGAUUAAGUGUAAUUCCUAUGAGCUAAGUUGUAACUCUGGUUCAUACAGUAGACUACGUUGGGAACAUUGUCCUGAUUAACUUGAGAUAGACUGAACAACUAAACUCUUCAUUUCACCUCCCCUGUUCCCUCGUUUAACUGUCUCCACGUCUGUGAACAUGCUGUGUUGUUUACGUGCUCUUAUUUAAUGAUAUUUCCACGUAUGACACAAGUCAGAUUGAGUGUGAACAGAGCUGGGUAACAUCAGACACACAGACAGUGCAUUUCUGAGUCUGAAUCCCGGGAGAACCCACAUUCCAGCAUUGGGAGAGUUUUUUUACGGUGUGAAUCAUUAUCAGGCAGCUUACUGCCAUUACUGACCAUAUGAUUAUUCCCUUUCCCCCAUGUCUAAUAAGUAUUGUUUUAAUUUAGAUUUGACUUUUUAAGUAUUUCCUUUUUGUAAUAAUCUGUCCUGAUGCAUUUGAUCAGAGCUACAUUCUGAGGCAUGGGUGUAUAUAUGCUCCUGUAUGUCAAUGUCUUCUCUCUGUACAUGCAAUAAAUGAUGCUCAUCAAGUGUU